AUGCAAGUGUCAUGGUACUUUCGCGCCGUGGUCCACACGCUCCUUGUAUGCGGCAUGACGUAUCAUGCGGUGGACGUGGACUCGCAUUUGCUGCCGUAUUCGCGCAACCUGUACGCCGAGCUGUGGCGGUUAUUGAAUGGAGGCGACCAGGACCAGCCGGUCAACUUGUUCACGAUUCGCCAUGCCGUUGAGCAUGUGCACAUGGUGCUUGCCAACUACUUUGCCCUCCCAAAUGUUGCGCUGGGAAAGCUGCACGUAGCGCCGUUUGCAGGCAUUCCCCUGCCUCAUCUGAACGUGGUGUUUGCCAGUCCAAGUGACCCCGACCACGAGAACAAUCAAACGUACGUUCUGGACAAGGACGACGAGCAGGCCUGGCCGGUUGGGCUCCAGAGAAAAGCCUCAGUUUCCGACACGCGGGCAUUCUUCGACUCGUUGAAGCACAUGACUUUGAUCAUGUCGGUGCAGUCACAUAAGCCUUCCAUUGCCAAUCCAAACGACAUGACCUUGCAACUUCGUGACUAUAUGCGGUGGAAGGCGCUGUUCAAGUACGACUUCUCGACCCAGGGUCAGAUGCAACUGCGCAUGGUCGUCAAUCGACAGCUUCCGACAUCAACAAGAAUUCGCCCCACACCAAGUCCUACCGAUUAUGUCGGCCGGUACAUGGCAGCCAUUGCCCUCGCAGGGCGAAACUUCGUGAUGGUGCAUGUGUCCGGCACAUGUGUCAUCGGGGUCAACAUCACGACCAUCGCGUGCUUCGUCCACGCAUGGAGCGAGGCUUCCGUCCUCGUGUAUGUCGAGCCAUUGAGUUGGAUCUAUGCGCUGACGAGUGCCGCGCAGUGGGUGGCCCUACUGCGGUUCCUCAGCUUCAACCCGCGCACAUAUAUCUUGGGCUUGACGCUCAAACGCGGCGCACCACAAGUCGUCGAGUUCCUCAUCGGGGUGUGUCCUUUGUUUGUGGGUUACGUCUUGUGUGGUACCAUCAUGUAUGGGGCAACUGUGCCGCGCUUUGCCGGCAUGGCCACCACCGCCACGACACUAUUUGCACUUGCGAACGGCGACGAGAUCCGCGACACGUUUGUGUCGUUGCCAUGGCAUGGGCAAGUCUACUUGUAUAGCUACAUCGUCAUCUUUGCGUACGUCGUGCUGAUGGUGUGCAUCGGGAUCAUGGAAGACGCGUUCUUUACGUCGGCGUUUCCUUCGCUGUGGAAGGAAAAGACGUUGUCCGAGGACGAGUGGACUCGAGUUGUCGAUUUGAUUCGGGCGGAAACGAUGGCCAAGUACCCCGAUAUUGCUGACAAGCAAGGAGAGAUUUUGAGUCACGUGCACCGGCAGUUGUUUUAG